AUGCUAGCAAGGUAUAUUUUUGCUAUAGUUGUAAUUUUUGGUCAAACCUAUGGAGAUGAAUCAUACUUUGUUUCGUUGAGAACGUCAGAAUCUCUCGACAACUUUAUGGCGUAUGAUUUAAAGUACCCCAAACACUUACAAGUACGGAACCUAAUCAGUGCUUCAGUUGCAAUUGGAGAUUUCAAGGGGUUUUCGGGAAAGUUUUCCAAAGAGAUUAUUGACAGAUUGAAAAGAUGCCCAUUGGUUCAAGAAAUCACUGAAGAUUUGACCUUUAAGACAUUUGAUUACCGAAUACAGGAGGAUGCCCCGCGCCAUUUGGCUCGGAUUAGUCGAAGAAGACGAAUGAAGCCAAACAAGCAGUAUCCGUAUAUCUUUGAUGACGAGUUUAUGGGUCAAGGUGUCAAUGCAUAUGUGAUUGAUUCUGGGGUUGAAGUUGACCAUCCAGAAUUCCAAGGUCGAGCGCUACCAGGGUACGACUUUACAAACGAAGGUUCCGGGGAUUCGAAUGGACACGGAACACAUGUAGCUGGUAUUAUUGGCUCCACGACGUAUGGGGUUGCAAAAAAUGUCAAUAUUGUUGAGGUUAAAGCGUUGAAUAGCAAGGGUGCGGGAUCGCUAAGUACAAUCUUGUCUGCUAUCGACUUUACUGUGAAGCACCGACUUGAAUCGGGAAAACUAGGUGUCGCCAACUUGUCAUUGGGUGCUUAUAAGAAUCAUGUUUUAAACAGAGCUAUAGAGCAAGCAACAAAAACGGGGCUAUUGUUUGUUGUUGCAGCAGGCAACUCGAACAUUAAUGCAUGUAUGACAAGUCCUGCGAGCUCAAAGUAUGCGAUAACUGUUGGUGCUAUUGACGACUAUAAUGAUUCGGUAGCGGGGUUCUCCAAUUGGGGUGAGUGUGUCGAUUUAUUUGCUAGUGGAGCAUAUGUGAAGAGCGUGGAUGCAAAAAACCACGACAAAUCUCAAGUCCUAUCAGGAACAUCAAUGGCCUCGCCGAUUGUAACUGGAUUGGUUGCAAAUUUGUUGAGUGAGGGCGUUGAGCCACAUAUGAUAAAGCUGGAAUUGUUGAAGAUGGCUGCAAAAAACCGCAUUACAAAGUCAUCAUUGUUUUUGAGAAAACAUACUCCAAAUAGAAUUGUUUACAAUGGAAUAAAGGAGAAAGCAUUGUUGUGGAAAAGCAAUAUCGGCGACGAAGGAGAAGACACAGACGAGGAGAUUGAAUCUGUAGAGGAAGAGUAA